AUGGGUGGCAGGCUCCUCCCAUCUCCUUGUACUGGGACACAUUUUUACCCUCACGCCGCCGUCUCUUUCUUCCAGGACGACAACGUAGAGGACUGCCCUGUGUGCCUCAACACCUUUGACGACACCCACAGGCGGCCACGCACUCUGCCGUGUGGGCAUACCUUUUGCACGCCGUGCAUUAAUGAACUGAAGGAGCAGGGUGCCGUCACGUGCCCCACGUGCAGGGUGAGUCACGCCCUGCCUGAGGCCGGCCAGUUCCCCAUCAGUUAUGCUGUUGAGGGCUUUAUCAGGAAGAUGAGAGGUGCAGGACUGGCCUGUGUGGCACCCAAGCCAGGAAAGCAGCUGACAGCUCCGGCAGCAGUGACACAGCCUGCACCAAGGGCCACAGCGGGACUCAGCAAGAGGACACGGUCCCUGCUGCAGGAGCAAGAGGCAAAGGUCCUGGCCGCCAUCCGCUCCUGCCAGGAGGAGCAGAGCCAGCUGGCAGACUACCGGACAACCCUGGGUGGGUGGUGUGGCCGCCAGCAGCAGCUGGAGGACGACCUCCAGACGCUGGUGGACCAGAGCAAGGGUGCCCGGGAGGCGAUAAGCCGCGAGGACUCCCGCGUGGAGGGCAGGCAGGAGAAGGUGCGGCAGAGAGAGGAGGCGCUGCACGCCAUGCUGCAGGAGCUGCGCACCCCAUCAACACGACAGGAAGCUUACGAGGUGAUUGAGGAUGCAGACCAUCUGCUGGAGGAGGAGGAGGAGGAGGAGGAGAGGGCGGCAGUGUUUCCUGACGUCCACGUGGUCACCACCGUCGCCAGGGUGGCAGAGUCAUCCCGUUCAGCCCUGCAGGCCGCCUCUCCCGCCACACAGACGGCCAUUGAGCCAGCAGGCUCUACUGCUGCUGCUGCUGCUGCUGCUGCUGCAGGUGACUCCAGCCUCUCGGAGUCACCUGCCGCAGCCUCCUCCAUCGCGGACAGGCUGGCGGCCCUGCUGGAACCGAGUCUGACGGCGGAGGAGCUGCUGAGGCUGACGCAGCGUGCCAGGGGCCUGGUGGAGGCCAGCCGUGUCUUGGCCGUCCAGGACGUGGAGGGACAAACUCGGCACGCCAGAAUCAGCCUGGAACACGGCCGCCUGCACCUCCACUCCCUGCAGGCCACGCCCCCGCCCCCCCACGCCCUCACCCUGCAGAUGGGCGAGGUGGUGCCGGCCGCCCCGCCCUGCGAGGUGUUCCUGGACCUGGCGUGGCCCGGCAGUGCGGCGCGGCGGGUGGUGGUGAGUCUACCCCGGGACACCCCCAGGGGCCGGCAGUUUGUGUUGCUGUGCUCGGGGCAGCGGGCGCCUGCUACGCCAACACCUCCUUGUUUGGGUGUGGGGUGAGGGACAGCCGGGGGAGGGGU